AAGAUUGACGUAAGAGGGCGGGGCGCGCCGGGGAGCCAGAAGAAGCAGAUUCGGGGGGCGGCGGGUGGCCGACCGUGCUAUGGACCGCUACGCGGCCGCCGGGGAUGAGGCGGCCGACCGGGCCCGGCAGCAGGAGCGGCACUACCAGCUGCUGUCAGCGCUGCAGAGCCUGGUCAAGGAGCUGCCCAGCUCCUUUCAGCAGCGCCUGUCCUACACAACGCUCAGCGACUUGGCUCUGGCGCUGCUCGACGGCACCGUGUUCGAGAUCGUGCAGGGGCUUCUGGAGAUCCAGCAUCUCACCGAGAAGAGCCUGUACAACCAGCGACUGCGGCUGCAGAACGAACACCGAGUGCUCAGGCAGGCCCUAAGGCAGAAGCAUCUGGAAGCCCAGCAAACCUGCCGGCCCCACAACUUGCCAGUGCUCCAGGCAGCCCAGCAGCGUGAGCUGGAGGCCAUGGAGCAUCGAAUCCGGGAGGAACAGCAGACAAUGGACCGUAAGAUUGUCCUGGAACUGGACCGGAAGGUUGCCGACCAGCAGAGCACACUGGAGAAGGCAGGAGUAGCUGGUUUCUACGUGACCACAAAUCCUCAGGAGCUGACGCUGCAGAUGAACCUAUUGGAACUCAUCAGGAAGCUGCAGCAGAGAGGCUGCCAAGUAGGAAAGGCAGCCCUGUGACCAAGUGAGGGGCGAGGGUCCCUGCUGUCCUUCAUUGCCUAGAAUGGCUGGCAGAUGCCUAGUGACCGCCUUGUUACUGGUGCCGGAACGCUUCAGGGAGCAACUGGCUGCCCAGCUGCCACCAGGUGUGAUCUUUGCUAGGAGAUGCUGAUGAGACAGAGACUGCACCUGCUGCCAUCCUCCGUCCAGGUGUGGGGAGGGGUCCAAGCAGCAGGAAUGGCAUGGUGUGAAGGCUCCAUGACUGAGGGUUGAGUGGGACUGUUGGUUCUAGCACCUUCCCUUUGGGUAUACCCACAUUUCCUCCAGGCUUGGUUUUGCCUUGUUCUGGUGUGGCCUAGAAAAAUAAAGACCUCAGCACAUGGUUUGUGUCCAUG